AUGCACAUCACGUCGGCAAACAGUGUUAUCGUAAAUUCUAAUCGAUCAAUGGCUCGACCGCUCACCAUCUUCUUCUUCCUGCUCGUCGCCCCCGUCGUUUCCGUGCGGGGAGCUGGCGCUGGUGUCGGUCUCGUUCCGCCGGUGCCGAUUGGCAGGAGGUACAUCGUCGGCGGCGCGGACGGGUGGCGUGUGCCGCCGCAGGAGAACAAGGACAUGUAUGUGAAGUGGGCCUCCACCAUCCAGUUUUUCAUCGAAGACUCCGUUGAAUUCAUGUACAAGAAUGAUUCGGUCGGGAAGGUGAACAAGUACGCGUACUACCAUUGCAACUGGACGGCAUUGGCAUCCACGCCGCCCGCCAAGGACGGCAGCUCCCUCUUCCUCCUCGACGCCCCUGGUUUCGCCUACUUCGCUAGCACCGACGUCAAGCAUUGCAAAAGGGGGCAACGCCUCAUGAUCAACGUCAAGGCUAGGCCAGAGCCGACUCCAUCAACUGAUAUUUCAAGCCCUCCUAGCCCUGCUCCGCCCGCGGCUGCACCUGGACCCGCGGUCCCUGGAGAGCCGGUAAUGGACAGCGGCGCAGGAGCACUGGCCUCGUCGUAUAGUCGCGCCUUGGUGUUGAUGUGUUUUGCCACAACACUUGCCUUGAUGGGGAUGAUUCAGACCUGAUGAAUGCAUGCGUGAUACACGAUGCGGCUUAGCAUUGUAGGUCGUCUAGUUCAGAUUCUUUGGCGUGGUUUAGUUUCUUAGCUCCGGAUUCAACCGUGCGGUAUGGUAUUCAGAGAGUGUGUGUAGUUUGAGUUUCUUAUCAGUUAACAUAAUAAAUA